UCCGUGCGGUGAGCAGCGAGGCAGCCGAGGUAGCCGAGGCGAAGGCCACCGCGACGUGCCUCUGGUGCGCGGUGCGACGAGCAUGACUCGCGACUAGUGGUGAGCGCCCGCCCGGGGAGGCGGGGGGGGAACCCCAGGAUUCCGGUCCGCGGGGGGAUGGCCGAGCCCUCGGACCGCGGCGGCCGCUGCAGGGCCAGGGUCCAGGGGACGCGCCGGCGCAGGGCCCGACGCAGAGCGAGCGCCUGAGGGCCAGGACUAGGAGAGAUAUGGCGAGUGUCGGCGGCAAUACGACGGGGACGACGACGCCAACGAGUCCGACGACGUCCGUGCCAAACGUGACGCCGACGCUCAGCGAGCGGGAGCAGCUGAAAAUCGAAUUUUACAAGACUUACGACGUGAUGACGGGGGUCAGGAUUGCCGCGACGCUCGGUGGUUUCUUUAGCCUCAUGGUCCUCUUGGUCGUUUAUAAGAGCAGGCGCAGGUGCAAGUCGAACAGGCAGCUGGAGGACCCGCGACUAACGGCAGCGGCUGCUGCGGCGGUCGCAGAGGCCGAAGCCGAGGAACGUGCACUCGCCGCGGCCCUCGAGGCCAUCGCCAGGCUACCGCCCAAACCCGCCCGCGGGCCCAGGAGGUCGCUCUGCGUCGAGGUGGUGCAGUCGCGAAUGCCGCUGGUCGGUCCGCGGUUCGCCUCCGUCGGGGGUGGCUACGACUCCCUGCUGGCUGCUCCGAUGAGGCCCGAGGGCGGCAGGCACGGGGGCAACAGGCGCUGCAGCUCCGUCACCUGCAGCAGCACCGCCAGCGGUUACCUCGAGCGCCGGGGCUCGGCCAUGGUGAUGCCCUGUCUGCCACCGCCCUCGUCCUUCCCCAAGCAUCCAGCUUACGACGAGCCCUGGGACUUCUAUCACCCCAUUGACAUUCAGGUGAUCCAGCCAACGCCAGAUCUGUCGCCAUGCGGUAGUGAGGUCGGCCUAUACGGGGCCUUGCGCCAGCAGCAACAGCAGCAACAACAGCAACAGCAACAAUAUUCGCGACGUCGUGCACCCCUGGCCUCGAUGGGCAGCGUCGAUCCACCGGACCCCGACUCUCGCUCCAUUGGCUCGGACUCGGUGUUUCUCGAGGAGGCUGCGCGCCGUGCCAACUGCCCGCCCGACACCGAGGACGAGGUCUCGGGCUUCUCGACGGACUCCUCCGAGGGGCCGAGCUGCGCUCGCAGGUUCCUCAAGGUGCCGCCCAAGAAGAAGCGGCCGCCCGACAGGUGGGAUGGAUGUGCCGGCUGCGUUCCCAGGCGGCGUCCGCCUGCCCAAGCGUCGCCGACGCCGCCCUGUCAGACAUGCAUGACCAUUAGCGCCUCUGUCGAAGCACCCAGGUCGCCGGUGCUGUCGACGACAACGACGAGCAGCAGCCAAAACAGCCCCUGCGGCAUCAAUUCCCCACCGAUCGAGCUAAGGCAUCCGCCGCCGACCUCCAGGACGCGCUCCACCUCCUCAGGUGAAGGAAGAUGGGAGACGGGGGACGUCAUCUUGGACGACUCGCUCGACUUCCAUUGCUUACCUUUGGACGAUAGGCUCCUCAUAGCCGCGCGUCUCGCCAUUCUCCUCUUGAUGCAUCGCAGGUUCAGGCGCAGGAAUAGCAGGCGACCUAUAUCGGUUUCGUUUGCCUAG